AUGGUGCUAAAAUACCAGUCACUUGAUAUUGGCAACCAAUCUCAAUUCAAACAGAUCAAGACCCUAGUGGACAACGAUUUAUCGGAACCAUAUUCCGUAUGGGUAUAUAGAUUUUUUUUAAAUAAUUGGCCUGGAUUGACUUAUAUUGUCAUAGAUACGGAAUUGGAAGAGGAAAAGAAUGUAAUCGGAUGUAUAAUUUGUAAGAAUGAGUUGCAUCGAAAUACUAGAAGAAGAGGAUAUAUUGGGAUGUUAGUCGUAAAUAAUGAAUAUAGAGGACAAGGUAUAGCGAAAAACUUGGUUAAAACAGCAAUAAAUAAAAUGAAAAAUGAACAAUGUGAUGAAAUAAUGUUGGAGACAGAAGUUAGCAAUACUAUUGCCAUUAAGUUAUAUGAAAACAUGGGUUUUCUAAAAAUGAAAAGAUUAUUUAGAUAUUAUUUAAAUGAAGGAGAUGCAUAUAGAUUAAUACUUCCAUUAACGGAAAAAAGUUGUAUAAGAUCAACAUUUUUAGGAGAUGCAAGCAUUGAUAUAUAA